AUGCCGUGGGACGACAUCGAGAGAUGUUGUCGCGAAGCCUGUCAGCACGCCGAGGAGAUCCACGGGGGCCGGCUGAGGUUGGUGCAGGAUGCUCUCGUUGUGCCACAUUCGGAGGAAACGUUGGCGAUGCUGGUGAACGUGCGCAUCAAGGGGGGCAGCAAAGACCUGGCGCAGCACCUGACAUGGCUCACGUUGCGCAUUCCUGCAAUGCAAAAGUUGAUCGAGAUCAUGCGCGACAGCGGCUAUCCAGGCUAUGGCAACAACGGCCUGAACUCAUUCGACAGAGUGGCAACCCGCCUCCACGAAAGGUACUCUCAGACAUACGCAUAUAAAUAUGGGGAGGCGAAGUUCAUCCCGCAGGCAGUGCAGGAUGCGGUACAACAGCUAGACGGGGCCAAAGACACCAUCGUUCAAGACAAAGUGGCGACGCCUCCAGAGCCGGCAAAACCGGCCGCGCCACUCGCUGAGGCGGCAGGCGCCCAGAUCGCGCCUGUCGCUGAGGCGAGUGCCGGAGACGAGGGGGGCGCCGCGGAGCGUCCCGCGGAGGCGGACGAGGGCGCCGCUGCCGCGGCGGCUGCCGGAGACGAGGGGGGCGCCGCGGAGCCUCCCGCGGAGGCGGACGAGGAGCGCGCCGGCCCCGCGGUGGCGGAGCCUCCGCUCGACGAGCGCGGCGGCGCGGCGGCGGCGGACCCCGCGCCCGCGGCGGUGGCCCCCGCAGCCGCCUUCGCCCCCGCGGCCGAGCCGCCGCCGGCGGCGCCUGCAGCGCCCGGGACGGCCGCGACGAACGCAGAGGAGCCGCACUGGACGGUGCUGCUCCUCCAGGCUUCCGCUCUCGCCCAGCGGGCCAAAAAGCUGCGCGACCAGGAGCGCGCCGCUCAGUUCUGGAGAUGCGAGGGCGCGAUGGAUGGGGCGGGGCGCUCGCUUCACUGCAGCCCGGGGCCGCGCGCGCUGACCGCGCCCGUCAGGGCAGCUCGGCCCGCGAAGGCCGCCGUCGCCACGCCGUCGGCGCCGGGCGACGGCGCGCCGAUGACUCGCGCGGAGGUGGUCGCCGAGAUGCGCGAGCGGCUCAGCUGUCCGCGGGCGAAGCCGAGCAACCAGCAACGAGCUCCGACGCCCGCGUCCGCCCUGGCGGGCUUCUGCCAGAUCACUUCCAACUGCCGCUCCCGCAGCCGCGCCGCCGCCCGCUGGACCUCGGGCCCGCCGGCGGGGCAGUCGGGGGGCGCCGCAGACUUCGCUGGACUUUGCCCUCCUGCGCCUGAGGAGCGCGUGCCGGAGGGACUUGCUUACAAGGGCUUCGCCCCCAUUGUCAUUGCCGGGAGCAGCGAAGGGCAGCGAAAGAUCAGUAGGGUGUCGCCUUCGUUCGAGAUCCCGAACCAGGAGAAGGCUAGCUUCCGGCUCGUCCUCUGCCCGAGGCCGAGUCCCGACGGCAAAGGUGGGCCCUGCUUCAAGAAGGCCGGCGGCUGGGGCAGCGUGCAGCUGAAGUGCGAAGUCUCCAGAGGAACGGUCCAGUACACGAUCUCGCUCACCAACGGGCGGCCCGACUUCCCCAGGCAAGCCCGGGGGCCCUUCACGCACGACUUCGCAAAGCAGAGUACAGCUUCGCUUCCCAAAGAUCAGGAGCAGUGGGACUUCACGAAGGCCGUCGACCCGGACAUGCAGACGUUCACGGUCUGUUUGGAGGUGAACCUGGCCGACGGCAGCUAG